CGCAAGACUCACCCAUGACUAGCGACCGGUGCACGGAGCUCGCGGCCGCGAUGGCUGAUGCAGCGGGCAUAACCUCUUCCCCCGGGUGGGACUUCACCUGUGAUUAUGAAGUUGAUUGUGGAUCCGAGGAACAUGCCUACAUUGUCUACAAAACACUAGCUGUUGACAAGGAGUUGCAGCCAGAUAAGGUCAGGAGGGAGAUGGCUGUGUCUGGUGGCAAGCUUCUCGUGCACUUUGAAGCAGUAGAAGCCCGGUUUCUGCGAGCAUCUUUCAGCGCGUUUGUCGACCUUAUGGUACUUGUGACGAAGCUCGUCGAAGAAUAUGGUGAUGUGAGGCAGGCCUGAUGAUGGCUGAUGGCGCAGCGUCUGUCUCUGCUGACACUCUCUUCAUCGUCAAGGUAGAGGCUAUAUUGGACAACACAAGUAGCUGAUUCCUGAUGGACAAAUCUUGUACGGAACACUAUGCAUCGUGCCAGCUGUGGUGUUCUAGAUUACAUUGUUUGCUCGAUCAACCACUGCACUUUUGGACGCUUUUGGAAAGCAGUACUACAAACAAAGA